AUGGUUGAAUGGCAUGACUUGCUGGAACAAUAUCAUUACCUGAGGAAGUGUCUGAAGAGGGAGUUGUGUGGUCAUGAUUUCCUUCAAUUUGUAAUGGGUUUGAACACAUAUCAGUACCUGCAAGUUGUUCCAAUAAUAGACAAUCGAGGAAAUAGUAGUAGAAGCACCAGAACCAACGCACGGGAAGUACACGAAGCAUCAGGUGCCAACGAGGAUUGCGAUUCUGGGAUGGCCGAAGAUUGUACUAUCGAACGCAGAGUGCUACGGUCGAAAUACCUCAACGUUAAGAAUCGGAUUAGCGAUGAGAAAGAUGAUAUAUCAAACGUUGAUUCAGAUAAGUUCAAAUCAAUAAUUGAAGAAGUUGAUAACUUGCAUCAGCUAGUAACAAAACCACGAGAACAAGUAGCAGAUGCAGAAGCCCUAUUUGACAUCACAAACACCUUGGUAACCUCUGUGAAAGCAUAUACCAAUGAAGGAGUGACCCCUUCAGAUUUUGUUAGUUGUCUGCUUAGGGAUUUCGGGCAACAAGUUGGACCAAAUACUAGCCAAGAUGAGGGUAGGAAUUCAAUACGUUGGAAAGAUAUUGGGCUAGCAGUCUCUCACGUUUUCAGGAGUGCUUAUGGGUGUUGUACAAUGAUUGGGCCUAUGAAUACUGAGAUGAAGCAACGCAAGAAUGUGGUUCCUAGAAAGCGCUCAAAGCCAGUGGAAAGAGCUCAGCCUGAAGAGCUUGACGGAACUGCUACUGAGGAGAAAACUGACACCGAUCAAAAUAUGGCGACGAUGUUUGAUAUCCUAAGGAAGAAUAGGAUAGUACAUCUUGAGAAUUUAAUAUUAAACAGGAACUCCUUUGCACAGACCGUGGAAAACUUAUUUGCUCUAUCCUUUCUAGUAAAAGAUGGAAGGGCUGAAAUAAAAGUUGAUGAAAAAGGCAGUCAUCUAGUUGCUCCAAAGAAUGCUCCUGGCGCCAAUGCAGUUCAAGCUGGAGAUGUUUCUUACAGCCAUUUUAUAUUCAGAUUUGACUUUAGAGACUGGAAGUUGAUGCUGUCCUCUGUUGCUGUUGGAGAGGAAUUAAUGCCACACAGGAAAGCGAUGAACACAUCAAGAAGUACUAAACCGUCUACAGAGUCUGAAGAAGAUCAAGCAUCAUUGCCUACUACCCCGAUAAGAAAAUUGUGCAGGAACCGAGGUUUGGUUAUGCAGGAGCACAUAGUAGUUGAAGACUCUCCUCAAAAUGGAGAUUUAACUGGGGUGGCGGCAAUCCGUAAGGGAAAGAGAAAACUUCCGUGA